AUGAAGAUUGCCAUCAUUGUAACCGAACCAUCAAUAAGCGAUAUACCAGCAUUCAAUGCAUUAUACAUUAACUUUGCAUCAUUGUAUGGAUUGGAGAAUGUAGAGACAACAUUGUUUAAUGCCGUAGGAUAUGAAUGGCCAGAGAACCCCGCAGACUACGAUGGCUAUCUGCUGACGGGCAGCUCUGCCAACUCAUACGAUCAGGACGAUUGGAUACUGCAACUAAAGAGGAAUCUGGUUGAGCUGGAUCGUCUCGAGAAGAAGAUAUGCGGCAUCUGCUUUGGCCAUCAGAUCGUCGCCGAAGCCUUGGGCGGCAAGGUCGAGAAGAAUCCCAAGGGCUGGGAGCUGGGCCAGAUCGACGUGCCCCUCACGAGCGAGGGCCAAGAGUUCUUUGGCGACUUUGACAUUGCAGAUCGCCAGUCCAUCACCAUUCUGCAGAUUCACCAGGACAUUGUCACGCGCGUGCCGCCUGGCAUGACUGUGCUGGCCUCCAACGACAUUUGCAAGAUACAGAGUCUCUGCAAGCGAUCGACGACGAGCGGUGAUGCUGGCGCAUCCCCCUCCUCCAGGUAUCACAUCAUCACAUUCCAGGGUCAUCCCGAGUUCACACCAUCACACCUUAUCGACCUGAUCCACAAUGAGAUCAGUCACGUCGAUGAACAAGUGCGACAAAAGGCCAUCGCCACCAUCAAGACCAAUCCAGAUCAGCAGAUGUUCGCACAAGUGAUCAAUAAAUUCUUUAGUCAAUAA